AUGGCUACCACUCCUAGUGCAGUAGCAGCUGCAGCAGCAGCUGCUACAACUGGCAAUGCUAGUGCUAAUGCUACUACAACUACAACUACAACUGCUAAUGCCACAAACGAACAGCAACUGGAUCCGCUCACACAGUCUACUGCUGAGACUUGGCUGUCUAUAGCCUCGCUCGCUGAGACGCUCGGCGACGCAGACAGGGCUGCCAUGGCCUACGAUGCGACUUUGCAGCACAAUGCGUCCUCUACGAAGGGACUCACCUCGCUGGCACACUUGUACAGGUCCCGGGACAUGUUCCAGAAGGCCGCGGAGCUGUACGAGUGCGCACUGCAGGUCAACCCCGAGCUGAGCGACGUGUGGGCUACGCUCGGCCACUGCUACCUGAUGCUCGACGACUUGCAGCGGGCCUACAACGCCUACCAGCAAGCCCUGUACCACCUGAGCAACCCUAACGUGCCGAAGUUGUGGCACGGAAUCGGUAUCCUCUACGACAGAUACGGCUCCCUCGACUACGCUGAAGAAGCGUUCGCAAAAGUCCUCGAACUCGACCCACACUUCGAAAAGGCCAACGAGAUCUACUUCAGACUCGGCAUCAUCUACAAGCACCAGGGCAAGUGGUCGCAGGCCCUCGAGUGCUUCAGGUACAUCCUCGCCCAGCCCCCUACCCCGCUGCAGGAGUGGGACAUCUGGUUCCAAUUGGGUAGCGUCCUCGAGAGCAUGGGCGAAUGGCAAGGCGCCCGUGAGGCCUACGAACACGUCCUCUUGCAGAACGACCACCACGCAAAGGUCUUCCAGCAACUGGGUUGCCUGUACGGUAUGAACAACGUCCAGUUCUACGACCCGCAAAAGGCCCUGAGCUACCUGUUGAAGUCUCUAGAGGUUGACCCAUCCGACGCCACUACCUGGUACCACCUGGGCAGAGUCCACAUGAUAAGAUCGGACUACACAGCCGCAUACGACGCCUUCCAACAGGCUGUCAACAGAGACUCCAGAAACCCUAUCUUCUGGUGCUCCAUCGGUGUGCUGUACUACCAAAUUUCUCAGUACAGAGACGCCCUGGACGCUUACACAAGAGCAAUCAGACUAAACCCUUACAUCAGCGAAGUCUGGUAUGACCUGGGUACAUUAUACGAAACUUGCAACAACCAGCUCUCUGACGCCUUGGACGCUUACAAACAAGCAGCAAGAUUGGACCCAGAAAACAUCCACAUCAGAAAGAGGCUAGAGACUUUGACUGCCCAAUUGGAAAACCCACAAGAGGCCGCCGCACUACAGCAGCAGCAACAACAGCAACAGCUCUCCACACCAUCAAACGGUAACGUGAUACUAUCGAAUAACUCUCAACAACAAGAAUUCAACCAAGGCAGCGUACAGAUGAUGAUAAACAACAACGCUAAUGCUAGCCCACCGGUAAUGUUACAACCAACUUUACAAGUUACUGACCAAGUGAACCCGCUAAAUGUAAGGCCAGCAUACCCAGCAGACCAACAACCUCAGCAACCACAACAACUAUACUCCGGUGCACCUCUACAACAGCCACCACAAACACAACAGCCACCUCAUACUGAGACACAACCUCUACAACAACCUGUGGCACCUCCAUCUCUACCUCCUACUCAAAUUCCAAAUACUCUUCCACAACAACCAUUGCCAUCACAACAACAGGCAAACUUACUUCCAAAAGCUAAUCCUAUGGAUAUCAGUAAUGCUAAUAACCAGAUCCCACCCAGGAAUCCAGAUAUCCCCAGUGCAGAACAAGCGGAACCAGCAUAUACUGCUGGAGCUCAUCAACAAUCAGUGGGUGCAGCUCAACCAGAGGCUCCUGAGUCAGUGGGUGCUGCUCCAAAGCCCGAUAUUUUGAACCAACCAGAGGCUCCAAAGACCGAAGAUAACCAAUUACCACAAGCUAAUAUUCCUGAAAUCAAGCCAAUGGAAGUACAAAAUCCUACUACUCAAGAAACCGAAACUCAUCAACUACCAAGAAUUCAACCAAAUGCAGCACCACAGACACUACCAGAAAACGGAAGUAUCAAUGCCCUAGUUAAUGCUGCUGUUUCAAGUGCUCCAGCCCCAACAAACAAGAAUGAAAGAGAACCAGAUGCUAAUGAAGUAGAGCCAGCACAGAAGAGACAGAAACUGGAUGAUAGCCCUGAAGCUCCUCAGGCUACGGAAUCAGCACCAGAAUCAGUACCAGAAUCAGCACCAGAAUCAGCACCAGAAUCAAACAUUGAGCCAACUAAUCAAGAAAAGGAGGAUCUAGCAAAAGAAACUACACCUACCGAGAAUACCGAAAGUGCCAAAUCGGUCAAACAAGAACAACAAACACAACAAGAAGUAUCAGAACCACCUGUUGAAAAUGGUCAAGAAGAAACCACAACCUCCUUGCCAGUUCCUGCAACUGAGGAAACGAACCACAACAACGAAACUGUUGGAACUGCCGAAGACUUGAAGGAUGAAGCCAUGCAUGAUGCUACACAAGAUGGAGAAAAGCACCAAGCAGUCGAGGAAUCUGUCACAACUGAUCUACCAUCCACUGAACAAGAAAAACAUUUAGACGAACCAGCACAAAAGUCUGAAGUAGAAGAAAAUACUAGAGCAGAGACUGCUGGAUAUGAAGAACCAUCUGACCUUCCAGAUGCACAAAAAUCUUCCGAAACAACUGGAACAACCGAAACAGCUGAAGCUGAACACACGGAAGUUACUAAUGUGCCAAGUGAAGUUGAAACAUCUGAAACGGCUAAGCCUGCAGAAACAACUGCAGAUCAGCUAACGGGUGAAAUAAACCAGGAGAAACAAAUAGAACAACCUUCUGAGGCGUCAGAAUCUGUUCCUGAAGAAAAGACUGAAGUAGAACAACCAAAGCCAGCUGAAGAAGAUUCCAAAGGAAAUGAUACGCCACAAGAAGAAGUAUCCAUUUCAAAUACUGAAACGACAAUGGCGGAUGAAUCAUCCACCCAACCUGUUAAGGACUCAACUGAGACUAACCAAAACGACCCUGCAGAUAACAUGACUGAAGAGUCUCACGGCCAGGACUCAACAAUCGAUGAAGCCGACAAAGGCAGUAUCGAGGAGAACAAAGAUACACCAAAUGAGGACUUUCAAAAGUUACAAGAAGGAACAUCAACAGAUGAAAAAAUUAACAAUGACGAAGAGAUGAAAGAAGAAAAUGAUGAGCCAAAAAUUACUACUACAAAUGAAAAUACUGAGCAGAAUGAUUCUGUCAAUGGCGAAGUUCAAACAAAUGGCACAACUGAGGUUGAAGAGGCUGCUGAUGAAACUGUGAUCAAACCAACUGCAGAAGCCUUGGAGAAAUUAGAAGAAGAAGCAAAGUUGAGAGAAGAGGAAGAGAAAGAGCGUCUAAACAAUGAGAACAACGAAGAUAACAAAACAGAAGUUACUAAAGAUGCUGUGGUAAGAGAGGUUGAGGAAGAUGAAAAUUACGAUGAUUAG